UGGCAGAAAACAGACGGCAGUUUCUGAGCUCUGUAGUCAACCAGUGCUGUUGAAUACACUCAGAGCAUGAACGCACACUUGGGCAGGUGAAGAGUUGUGAUACUGAGACACCAGGACAGCCGCAGACGGCGGGAUUCAGGAUGAAAAAUCUGGCUUAUCAACCGGUGUUUCCCAUCGGGAACAAACACCUACAGCCGAAAUGGGACAAGGCUUCAUAUGAUUUACACAGAAGAAAGGUGAAGUCUGCUAAAGCAACAAUAAACAUGGCUCCACCGAAGACAUACAGUCACCUGACUCUCAAUCUGAAGAAACAAAAGCUUGAAGAGGAGUGGAAAAUGAAGAUUCAGAGGGAAAACCACAUGCUGAGCGAGAAGAUAUCUCACAUUAUGAGGACAACUGGAGGAGUUGAAAGCAGGAAUUACUACGACAGAAAAAGCCUUGCCAACGAGAAGCGACAGCUGGAGUUGCUCCGCAUUACCAAGGAGAAUCAAAUGAUCCUGUUUCGCCUGAGCCGGUGCAGGCCACAUUAUAAUGUGUGGGCCUGGCAUGAGGACUGGCUCAAAACUCUUAAGAUGAUGGACAGCAUUGCACGCAUCCCACGUAGAAGAGCGAAUCUACAGAAGGGACAAGAAAACCCCUGCAAGAAAAGCAGUGACUGUAAUAAAGAAAAAAAGAUGAGCACUAAUGCAACCACACACGCCCCUGCAAGCAACAAGUCAAAUGAUAAAGGAGAUUCUGAAGAAAAGAAGAGAGAAACCAACGGGAAUGAGGAUGCAGGAAUGGAGAAGGUUACAAAACAUGACCUUAAUCCAGAUGUGGUUGAGAAAUCCAUUGAUCUGGAUACAGAUGAGAAUCCUGAUCCUGCUGCAAAGUCCUCCACUCCCAGCACCACUCACACACCGACAACACACAAACAGGAAACAACAAGUACAGAAGAAGUAUGAUUUUUUUGUGGUUGUUUGUUUUGUUUUGCAAACCUUCUGCACCACAUGAGUCUCAACCACAUAUGGAUCUUUAUACAACGAUAGUUAUGUUUUGUAUUGACACACAGUGGUACUUAGCAUAGAUUGUGUACCAAGGUAGUUUUUCAAACACAACGGUUUAAAAUUCAAUGAAUAAUGUGUGAUAACUUUUUCUGUGACCUGUUUUUUUUUAUAUAUAUAAUAAUGAAAUAAAUACAUUGAA